CGCGCGAGCUUCAUAAAGUGAGCCGAGGUCGUUUCAACGCGCUUUCUGCGGCGGACUGAGGGAUGAACUUGACUCUUCUGUGAAGGUCUUUAAAAAACAGAAAAAUUAUAUUAGUCCUUGUUACACAUACGUUUUUGACUAGUUAAUAUAUCAACAUCAUAUUUUAGAAUUGUUAAAUGUUCUUUAUGGAAUUAACUGUGGGGACGGAUUCCUUCCUGGAAUGUUUUGGCUCGCAAAAUGCGUCGUUUCGUGUAUCUUUUCUUAUUUAUUUUCGCUCCAGGUAACGCACUGUUGAACUUGAAUCAAGACUGUGGAGGUAAAAUUCUUGGAGAGAGGAGCGGCUCAAUUCGGUACUCUUUACACUCAAACAGCCUUUUAUUUAACAGAAUUACCAGUGACAGCGCAGAAAAACUGUUGGACGUUGCCUGCACUUGGAUUAUUGAUGCUUCUGAAAAUCAGACUGUUCGGAUAGAGGUCAUUUCUGUUGGGAAAGACGCUCGUAUUGGAAUUAAAUUUGGGAAUGGGAAUACACUGAUUUAUGAAAGGGAGGAACGGGCGUUAUUCUCUGGCACUGGGAGAACCAUCAUUGAAUGGAGUGUGAGAAGGACUGAAGAAACAUUUGCCACAUUACAUCUGAGAUGGAACUCGUCAGAGGACCGUCACACUCUUGCUUUGAUUCCUUACACCCACUCUGAUGCUGACCCGGUGUCUCCUUCUCCAAAUGGCUCCAACGAUGUAACCUACACCCCUGACAUUCCAGUGAGCGGCAAUGCAGCCCCCAAAACACACACUCUCAGGGGUGAGAGUAUACAGAAGGGCGGAGGUGUGUCUGACCUGGACGAUAAGCGCAGACCUCUCUUUCCGCAGGAAAUCACCAACAAUGGACAGGAAACGGCUGAAGCCUGGAUCUCCGACCUCACACUCACUAGCACACAUUCUUAUUCUGAUACACAGACCGGCUCUGCCCUUGAAACACACAUCAACAUGCAUACAAUGUUGUCUAAUGAACCUUCUUUAUCUCAGUCUUCUACUGAAAUCCAACCACCAUUGGUGUCUGUACAAACUACACCCAAACAGAUAACUGAUGUGGCAAAAACAAGUGCAAUUUUAACCACAAGUGAUGUUGCACACACUGAACUGGAUAGAGGAAGUUCACAGCCCACACAUAAACAUGCAUUUACCAAAAUACAGCCCAAAAUGACAAAAAGAGAUGAUCCAAGUUCAAUGUUUCCAACGUCCAGCUUUAUGACUGUAAGUCCGCAUUAUAAUCAGCCAUUUGAUAAAACCUCUAAACAGUUUCUUGGUGACAGUUAUUACAAGUCUAAAGCAACCACUUUGUUGCUCCCAAAAAGGGAUGGGUUUACGAUAUCAGAGAAUGUUGGGACAAGUCAAUCUGAUUCAAUUUUUUGGAGUUCAAACACAAUGACAGAUGACAACCGACAUAUAUCAUCAGAGAUGGACAGGACAGAUCGCUCUCCAAGGUCAACUAAUCCAGAUCAAAACAUCACAAACCAAACCAUCUAUGAUGAUUCAGAAAUUACUACUAGGACGCCUGCUACUGUGUCAAUGUUUCCAGAUCAAACCCACACGUUAACAUUUUCUGUUGAAUACUCCAUGUCUCCAAGCGAGCCACCAAUAAAUGUCACUCAGAAUGAGCCAACAACCUCAGGCGAGAUCUUGCACUCUUCAUAUAACCCACCGACUUUGACUUCUUUGGAAGCAUCAACCACCCACGUCUCACACACCUUCCAAAAUCAAUACGAUACAAGCACCCAAGAAACCAACUCCGCAUCUGUGUCAAUCUCUUACCAGACAUCACACGACACAAACAAAAUCAGUGCCUUCACCACCUUCCCAGCUGCCAUCCUUCCAGACCUGAGUCCUACUGAGAGUCCUAGUACCCCAGAAAAGGAUGAGGGUCUGUCACCAUCUGUAAGUGAUUGCUUUGGUCUUGCAUGCACUUCGUUUUUACCAUCUACAGUACAAGACAAACAAGAAAAACCCAUCACCAGCUCUCCAUCAAUCUCUUUGUCGAGUCCUCAGAUUAGUCCUAAUGUGACCUCUGACCUCAUUGUUGAAGAAAGUAUUACAGUGGGAUCUGAGAACCAGACUGAUGUAGAAGAACUCGAUGUUACUCCAUCACAAGUCCAGAUUACCAAUACAAAAUCAAGUAUGCAUACUGAAUUCCCUGUAUACACAUCUACACCUCAGCAUUCACCAACAUUUUUUGAAAACACACAACGAAAUGCGGGAUUUUUCGAUGCAACUGAUAUCAGUGAGAUGAGUAGUGGUCAAACAGUGAGUGACCCUACUCAGACUGAAACAACAAGUACAAAGACCACACGAGACAUUCAUACUGAAUCAACAGAAAACAUGAAUGGCUUUACUACUUCAUUAUUGGAAACCACAACUCCAUACAUCUCUCAGGUCAGUGCAACUGUUCCAACAAGCACAUCUGUUAGUACCACCACUUCACAUUGGGAAACUACAGAGGCCUCGGUGGUUCACAAACCUUCAUUAACUACUCAGCAGAUGAAUCCACAUGCCACGUCCACAGAAACGACUUCAGUCCAGGUCCAGACAGACUUUCCAGGACAUAAACCCAGCACUGUCAGACCUCCCCAACAUAUGACCACAAGCUCUUAUCUAAUUAAGACAAAAGCAUACACGGUAUCUAAACAAGCAGUGACUCAAACAUCUUGGAUUCAUUCUACUGUAUCCAGCUUUGACAGAAAGUGGCCACAUGGACACCAUUAUUUUAUAGUGAACGACCAGCCAGCAAUCAUCAAGGAGAAAACAUUUCAAGUACUCUUACAGAUUGUCCUGGAAGACGAUUAUGUCCCUAGUAUGAGGUUGCUUGAGGUGGAGAAAUUUCUGCAGAGCCUUUCUGGAUUUCAAAAUCAACAUGUGAACUGGCACAGUGGCCCAGUUCUGCAAACACUAGUUCAGUUCCAAACAGUGGAAGCACUCUCCUGGCUAGAAAGGGUGGAGUCUCUGUUACAAGAGGCGGGGUUAAAACCACUGCCCAAGAAAGGAAUACUUGUGGGUGGAGUUAGAGUGAAGAAUAUUACUGUGGGAGGUUUGCAGACAGAUAUUUGCGAAUGGCUAUUCGAAUGUCCAUCUGGGUUCCAGUGUGUUUCUUCAAAGGGAAAUGCCACUUGUACAUCUGUUUGCCACUCUGAAUACUGCAAACAUCAGGGCAUCUGUGUCCAUCGUCUCGGGCAGCAGCCUAUGUGCCAGUGUCCCGUUGGAGAGGAUUACUGGUUUAUGGGCCAGCGCUGUGACCUCCGCAUGACCCGGACGCGUUUGGUGGGUGUGUGCUUCGGAGUACUGGUCGUUGUCGCAGCAGUCAUUGUUCUUCUGUCUUAUCUCACAGUGCGCCGUUUUAAAACCAUGCUAAUGCAAGCCAAAGUGGAACAAACACGCAGCAGUUAUCGCAGAUUUAAUCACUUCGAUGAGCUUUCGGCUCGCUUUUGGGGAAGAUCCUGGCCCGGCUCUGAGGACUCGUUGGAUAACCCUGCCUUCACCCGCUCUGAUGAACUGCUACACUUAAGAGCACUUGACCGUACCUGCUGUUACCACGAUGACACUCUUUCUGUGGUAUCCACAUACCACGGUAGUGGAACACACCUCAACACCAUAUAUCCUCACGGUUCUCAGUAUGGUUGGGAUCUUAGCAACUGUAGCUUGGCGGAUGGUGUGAUGGAUUCUGGGAAGGCUAGUGACCUGUCAGUCUGUAGCUGGCCGAUCGAGCCCAUUCAGUGGACGCCAUUUCCAUUGCUGCAGCAGCUCAACAGGAAUACCACUACGGUAAAAGUGUCCCGUCCCCGCUCUUACUGUGAAGGCAUGGAACUUGUAGAUUUAGAGAAGAGCUGGACAGCAUAACAAACUCUGGUCAAGUGAGAGAAUAUUUCAUCUGUUUCAGGAACACCGUUGUUGUUGCCAAACUUAAUAAAAUGUAUUUUAAGUGAAAAAA